AUGUCUGAGACGGCACCGCCCGCUUCAGCUGCAUCUGCUGCUCCCGAGAAGCCUUCGGCAGGCAAGAAAACAAAGAAACCUACGAAGGCUGUAGCAGCUGCUAAGAAGAAGCCCGGGGGUCCUUCUGUGUCGGAGCUGAUCGUGCAGGCCGUUUCCUCUUCUAAAGAACGCAGCGGCGUGUCUUUGGCCGCCCUCAAGAAGGCGCUGGCGGCUGCCGGCUACGACGUUGAAAAGAACAACAGCCGCAUCAAGCUGGGCCUUAAGACUUUGGUGAGCAAGGGCACCCUGGUGCAGACCAAGGGCACCGGCGCCUCUGGCUCCUUCAAGCUCAAUAAGAAAGCCUCCGUAGAAGCCAAGCCUGCCGCUACAAAAGCAGCAGUAAAAACUAAGGCGACAGGAUCUUCUAAGAAGCCCAAAAAGGCCACAGGGGCUGCUGCUAAGAAGAGUGUCAAGACUCCAAAAAAGGCUAAGAAGUCUGUGGUGGCAAAGAAAUUUUCCAAGAGCCCCAGAAAGGCCAAAAUUGUGAAGCCUAAGAAGGUAGUCAAAAGCCCUGCUAAAGCUAAGGCUGUAAAGCCAAAAGGAGCCAAGGUAAAGGUGACUAAGCCAAAGGCUGCUGCCAAGCCCAAGAAGGCGGCACCUAAGAAAAAGUAA